AUGCAGCGCUCGGUAGAACAAAGAAUUGCGAUCAAGUUUUGCGUUAAACUUGGCAAAACCGCGGCGGAAACUAUUCCAAUGAUCCAGGCAGCUUAUAAAGAAGAUGCCCUGUCGGAUAGGCAAGUGUUCCGGUGGCACAAGGCCUUUUUGGAAGGCCGGGAAACAGUCGAUGACGAGGUCCGCGCCGGACGGCCAUCAACGAGCACCACGGACGACAAUGUGACGCGAGUGUGCGCGAAGAUGGUCCCGAAAGUGCUCACCGACGACCAAAAGAUGAACCGCCUUGAAACGUGCCAAGAAAAUUUAAACAUGUGCGAAAGUGAUCCCGAGUUUUUGAACAACGUCAUUACAGGUGACGCAUCUUGGAUAUUCGAGUAUGACCCGGAAACAAAAAGACCAUCAUCGGAGUGA